CUCCUACCAGGUGGAAUGAACAAGUACCCUCCAACGGCAGUGCAGAGGGAAUGUAAAAGAGUGCUUGAGCAGUAUUCCUCUUCUACAAGAGAAGAAAUAUUUGAAAGAGAGCCAACAUCUCCUCCAGUACUUAUAGAAGAAGAAGAACCAGAAUAUGAAUAUACUGAAGAACCUCAGGAGGAGUAUUUUGCAGAAAGCCCUCAAGAAGCAAGGGCUGGCAAAGGACAGAAAUAUGUGAACUACCUGAAUGGCACAAACUGGUAUUCAACAAGCACAAGUGACACAGACAUUACAAUUACAGAUGAAGAGCGUUGCCUCUUGGAUAUGACGCAUGGCAUGUUCUGUGGGUCCUAUCAUCAGAAAUGGUAUUAUGAUAAAAAGCUUGAUGCAUGCAAACUGUUCUGGUAUGGCGGUUGUGAUGGAAAUGAAAACAGGUUUAAUACAGAAAAUGAAUGCCUCCAAACUUGCCGCAGUAAAAGUGUUACAUCGAAUUCUAAUCCUAUGAUCACAAACAGUACAGAGAAGAAGAUGCAAAAUGAAGAUAUCUGCAGACUGGCUCCUGAAGAAGGCCCAUGUCAGGAUUACAGUUUAAUGUGGCAUUAUGAUAUAAAUCAAAAUCGGUGUCUUAGGUUUUGGUAUGGUGGCUGUGGUGGCAAUGAAAACCGCUUCAACACAAUGGAAGAAUGUGAAAAUUUAUGUAUGUCAUCUUAUUAAUGUCAAUAGUGUGAACAUUUCAGUACCAUAUCCAUUUGUUGCACUAACGUAGCCAUUGAUAUGAUGUAAUAUAACACUGGUGCCUUUUUCAUGAAGACAUUAACACCUGACUCAGAAAACUACACUAAAUGCUACAGCAAGUGCCUGUAUGUCAUCAACUCUUCUCAAAAGCUUAACUUAUAAAACAUCCUUAACAACAUACAUUUUGGUUAACUUAAACAGCUGUCUCCUUAUUAGUGUUAUGAUUUUUAGGCACACAAAUCUGAAUCAUGCUUUGUUUUCUAUAAACAGAGUGUAACAUAUUGAUAUUUUCUUCUUAUUUUUUUAAUGGUGCUAGUUAAAAACGUUGAUUUUCCACACUAGUGCUUUUUGAUUUUCAUUUUCUUAAAUGUGUGAUAGAAACCCCCAAAACAAAUGCAUGUCAAAGAAACGUUGCAUAUUUUAAUAUAUUAAAAUCAGAUUUUAUUAAUUUUAGACUUUUUAAGACAGAUAUCAUUUAAAGGCAAUACUAGAAAAGUUGUAGAUUUUCUGCAGUGUUGUUUUGUCUUCAGAAAUUUUAUUGGUGCUCAUACGCUGGCAGUGUUACCAUGGGCACACGUCAUACCUCUCAAGUGUACAGAUUUUCACAGAAUGUCCAGAUUUUUGCCUCAUAAUUUGGCUUGUUUCUCAUAAAAUUGUGGUUUUCUGGCAAAUAAUUGGCAAGUGAUUGAGGGUUGAAGUCAGAAAAUAAUGACAGACAUUUGAGUUUCAGACUUCAUGUCCUUCAGAAAAUUCAUGCUAAUGUAAAAUGUGUUAUUCUACCAACUUCCUAAAUCUGUAAGGGUAAUAUUUAAAAAGUAUCCCUGUUCUGGGGCCUUUGUCCCUCUAUUAUUUAUGGCUUUGUCCAGAUUUUUUGCUCUAAGAGGUUGAGAGGCAUGCAUGUAGUGCCUGAAUUGCACAGUCAGACGUCUUCCUCUUUACCACUGUUCAGCUGUGGUAUAAUCUAAACUGCAAAUACACUUUAAGAAAAAAGCAGUUCUGUUACUUUUUUAUGUAAUUGCUGUAUAAAUAAGUUUUGUUGUUUGUUAUAAAAUAAUAAAGAUUGUUACAAAACAUUUUAAA